GAGUGUGAGAAAAGAGUUUAACAGGAAGAAAAGCAAACAGUCAUAACCACUUAUUUAUCAACGCCGUCGCUGGCUACUGCAGCUCUUACCAGCUCUACUGGUAAGCAACGCUGGAAAAAGAACAAGCUUUGUCUGCAUCUCAGAUUAAUAAUUAAACCAAGACGAAUUUAUCAGGGUGUCCAGCAGCUUUGAUUCAAAUGGAUACCAGAACCAGCUCUUGCAGUAUCCAGCUCUUUGACUAGCGUCUCUGUAUGGUUUCUCAGAUUGGUAAAGAGGCAAGUUGAAAUGUUCGAACAGCAGUUUUGGGAAUUCUCCAGCACUCAUCAGCAUGACUCUUCUACACACCGAGCUUCCCAGUCAGUGAGGAGGCAGAGUCAUUUGCUGGAACAGCAGUCUUGGGAAUUCUCUAGCUCUCUGCAACAUGACUCUUCUACACACCGAGCUUCCCAGUCAGUAAAGAGGCAGGAUCACUUGCUAGAACAGCAGUCUUGGGAAUUCUCUAGCACUCUGCAACAUGACUCUUCUACACACCAGGCUACCCAACAACUACAGAUACAACUGGAAAAGUACACUAUGGAAACACUUACCUACAUCAAAACAGUGAAGGACUUCUGUAACAAAGAACCAGAAUGGACCUUUCAGAGGGAGCUGGAGAUAAAAAACAUGAAAGAAAUCAAAAGCCGUGCAGACAAGGGCUCAGGCAGAUCCAGAAAGCAGAAGUUGGCGCAGGAGCUGGGGGAAGUUCUGAGGAACACUCUGGAGGGGCUGCAGAACCUUCAGCGCUUCCUGGAUGCAGUGGAGAAGCUAGCAGUCACCUCGCUGUUCGUGUUCAUAGAUGAGAUCUUCCUGCCGAAGGGGGUGAGCGCUGAGGCUGUACGAUCAGUGAUCUCAGUAGCCAGAAAGAUGUCCCCACUUCUCAUCCACUUCAAGAGAGACGAUGGAGCUUUCUUCUUGCCUAGUUUUGACAACUUGGAUGUUCUGGUCUUCCAGCUGCACAAAUACAUGCGUACCACACAAUGGCUCUGCAAGAACUUAUCCAAGAUCACAUUUCAGAUGCUAAGUAUUCAGCAGAAACCUUCUUUGAAGUUCACUGUGGACAUGAGAGAAUCCCUGAGCAAUAUGACAGUCCUUUUGGACCAACUAAGCAAAAUCAGAAUGGAUGAGUCGUUCCGGCUGACAUACUUAUUUGAUGAAGGUGCUCAGGAAUUCAUUGAGACAUACAGUGAAUGUCGUCCUAGGAUGUUCCAGUUCCUGUCAGAUCUAGAAGAGACUGCAGUCCAGCUGGAUAAAAUGAAGAAGGGGUCCAGCAUCUCCACUGUGGCAGGCAGUUCAGUGGGUGCUGUAGGAAGUGUCUUGUCCAUCGUAGGCCUGGCUCUCGCCCCCGUCACUGCAGGGGUAUCCUUGGGCCUCACAAUCACCGGGGUUGGGUUAGGGGUCACCAGUGGAGUCAACGGCUUAGUCACAGGCUUCACUGAACAUAAAGUCAACAAACAACAACGGAAAAAAGCCAACAACAUCUUUCAUAAUUUUAUGGAGGAUGUACAGAAGGUUCUAGACUCUCUAGAGCAGGCAGCUAGUAGUCAGCGUCCUGUAUCGCACCUGGAUGACUGCGAUAUGGCAUACGGAAGGAAAACUCAUGCUGGAAAGGUAGAGAAGAACAUUAAAAACCUCCUGGAUGGAGUUACCAGAGUAACUUUAAAGAGCGAGGGUCUAACUAGGAAUGCAGCUCGCAGCAUCAGCACUCCUCUGGCAAUUACCAAAGCAGCCAGGGUUGCGAGUAUCGCAGCAAAUGUUUUAUUCAUUGGUAUUGAUAUUGCACUCAUCUGCAAAGAAAGUGCGAGUCUGGCCAAAGGAGGAAAAAGUGAAGCGUCUCAGUUUAUCCGCUCCAGAUCGGCUCUGUGGUGCGCCGAGAUAAGGUCAUGGGAAAAGAUCUGGAAUUCUUUGUGUAAAGAGCAAAUUAUAUUCAAGGAAAAACUGAGAAUUCUAGAGCAGAAAUUUUACGUUAAUUAAAAACUUUCAGAAGUUUGCAUGUUCUCCCUAGGUCUGCGUCAGGUUUCCUCCGGGGGCUCCAGUGCUGCCAACUGGACAUGCUAUAUUGCCUCUAAGUGUGAAUGUGUAUAUGUCUGUGUGUCUGCCCUGUGGGGGUCUGGCGACCUGUCCAGGGUGUUACUUUCUACUUAUUGACUGCUGGGAUAGGCUCCAGCACCCCCUGCAACUCAGAAGGAUUGUGUUUAUAAAAUGUGUUUAAGUGGUUAAGAAAAAGUGUGUGUGUGUGUGUGUGUGUGUGUGUGUGUGUGUGUGUGUGUGUGUGUGUGUGUGUGUGUGUGUGAAAUACUUACUUGAGAAUGUGUGAAAAAUAUUGUCCCAAAAUUAAUAAUUAAACCAAUAAAUAACCUUGGCAAUUCAAGAUAUCAUCA